AAGGUUACAAUCUUCCAUUAAACAAGAGGAAGAAGAAGAAGAAGAUAAAGAAGUGGCUCAUUCAUAGUUCAGCUCUGUUCAACUUUAAUGUGGCCAAAAAACCUUAGACUUGUCUUGUGAGGCCUUAAGCUGCCAACCAGAGAACUGGAAGAAGCGACAGCCUGCGAGGGAGCAGUUAGCAUCAGAGCUAACUGAGAAGCUAACGGCCAGAGAAGUUUCCUGUUAGAGGAAAAGGGAAAAAGUGACUUCUCAUUGAGAACACUGGACACUUAUUGGACUCUGGGCUGUUUGGAGGCUUUUCUCCGAGGAACAAAAGCGAGUCUGACGACAUUUCACACCCUCUUGUUCUCUUGGAAGGUUCUUGCUGAUCAAUCUGCCAGUGGCCAAGAGAGGAACUUCAUUAUUAACCUGAAGGAACCAAACACCAAAGACAUGAAAGAGGAAGAACCAGAACCUCAAGGAAUUAAAGAAGAACAGCUUGGACUGUGUAUCUUUCCAGAUGAAAAGCAACUUGUUAAGCAGGAGACAGAAACCUUUGUAGGGUUUUCUGCUUGUGACAAACUAUUUCAAGUUGAACCUGAACUGCAACAGAUGAACGUGACAAAGGAGGAACCAGAGCCUGUACAGAUUAAAGAGGAACAUGGGGAUCGCUGGAGUAAUGAGGAUGAGGAGCAGCUUGUAGAGAAGCAGGAGGCUGGCACCUUUAAGGUGACUCCUCUGGAUUUAAAAAGUGACACAAAUGAACCAGAAGAGAAAAUGAACCAACUUCUCAAUCCAGACUCUCCUGAAGGUGAGAAGCAGCAUCAGCAGGAUAAUAAUCAAGAAGAGUCAGGAUCAAACACAGAUGAAGAGCUAAAGCAUAAAAAAAGACGAGCGAAAACCAAAGAUCACAAUAAUGGUUCAAAACUAAAAAGACAUAAGACCAAUAAACCUUGUGAAGUAUGUGGUAAAUGUUUCACUAAAUGUAGAUGUUUGACUAAUUACAUGAGAGGAAAUACAGGAGAGAAAUCUUUCCUCUGUGUGCUUUGUGGAAAAGGUUUCCCCUGGCAAAGUCAGUUAAAGGUCCACAUGAGAGCCCACACAGGGGAGAAACCUUUUUCCUGUCCAACUUGUGCAAAAGGGUUUUCCAGUAAAAAUAACCUGAAUAUUCACAUGAGAACUCACACAGGCCAGAAGCCGUAUGCUUGUGAAAUGUGUGAUAAAUCUUUCAGCAUUAACAGUCAUUUAGCUCGUCACAUGAGAACACACACAGGUGAAAAGCCUUUUUCCUGUCCAACUUGUGCAAAAGGUUUUUCUCGAAAAGGUAACCUGCUUCUUCACAUAAGAACUCAUACGGGCGAGAAACCAUAUGCUUGUGGAAUGUGUGAUAAAUCUUUCAGCAAUGGUAGUCAUUUAGCUGUUCACAUGAGAACACACUCAGGUGAAAAGCCUUUUUCCUGUCCAACUUGUGCAAAAGGUUUUUCUCGAAAAGAUAAGCUGGUUAUUCACAAAAGAACUCAUAUGGGCCUGAAACCAUACAACUGUGGAAUGUGUGAUAAAUCUUUCAGUAAUAGUAGUCACUUAGCUGUUCACAUGAGAGCCCACACAAGGGUGAAGCCUUUUUCCUGUCCAACUUGUUCCAAAGGCUUUUCCCGUAAAAGUAGGCUGGAUAUUCACAUAAGAACUCAUACGGGCGAUAAGCGGUAUGCUUGUGAAAUGUGUGAUAAAUCUUUCAGCUUUGGUAGUCAUUUAGCUGUUCACAUGAGAACGCACACAGGUGAGAAGCCUUUUUCCUGUCCAACUUGUUCAAAAGGGUUUUCCACUAAAGAUAACCUGCGUAUUCACAUAAGAAGUCAUAUGGGCCUAAAACUAUACAAUUGUGAAAUUUGUGAUAAAUCUUUCAGCACUGGUAGUUAUUUAGCUCGUCACAUAAGAGCGCACACAGGUGAGGAGCCUUUUUCAUGUCCAAUUUGUUCAAAAGGGUUUUCCAGUAAAAGUAGGCUGGAUAUUCACAUAAGAACUCAUACGGGCAAGAAGCCAUACCCUUGUGAAAUCUGCGAUAAAUCUUUCAGUUUUAGUAGUCAUUUAGCUGGUCACAUGAGAACACACACAGGUGAGAAGCCUUUCUCCUGUCCAACUUGUGCAAAAGGUUUUUCCACUAAAGGUAGCCUGAUUAAUCACAGUGGAACUCAUACGGGUGAGAAGCCUUAUCAUUGUAAGGUGUGUGAUAAAUCUUUUACUUCCUCUGCUAGUAGGAUUAGACAUAUGAGAACUCACAAGUGAGAAGCUGUAUGCUUCUAAAGCGUGUGCUAAGUCUUUCAGAAACAGUUGUCAUCUGGCUGAUCACAUGCUAACCCACAGGUGAGAAGCCUUUUCUGUGUCUGAUGUGGGGAAAAAGUUUCUUAAAUGUUUCCAUGGUGAUGAGAGGCC